AUGGAUGCCAACUCGCCAUCGGUCUCUUCCACAUCAUCUAACUCAUCGUCCAAUACUCCAGUCCGUCCACAGGCUUCCACUGAAUCCACACAGGAGACUUCGUCACAAAAGCAAACAACCCGUCAUCCAGCAUGGAACCGCUCCUCUUCUCAACCUGCCGAGUUACGUAAUGGCUCAUUCAACGAAAUCAGCGACGGCAAUUGGACAUUCCUCAUUGACACUCAACCCCCUCCAGCAGCUGUAAAGGGAUUCGGAAAUGUUCCGAUUGUCAGCUACGAUGUCGUUGAAACCAUGGGAGAUCGAAAACUGAAGGUGUGUGCGGUGACGUGGAAUAUCAACGAGAAGGGUGCCAAAGUGCUCAACCAUCUUGCACAGAAAAUUGUGGAUCGAGGUGAAGAAAUGGAGAGCGACUUGGUGUUCAUUUCUCUUCAAGAAAUCCCAUCCACAGCUCCAACGUUCCACGAAGAAGCCCGUCGGAUUCUGGAGCCACUUUUUAGUGGACAUCGCAUGUAUCUCUCUCACCGUGCCUGGAGUCAAAUGGUUAUCGUUUUCAUUCGACACAAACAUAUCGGUUAUGCAAUUCAGCCACAAGUGUCUUUCAUCGCUUCUGGAGCAAUGGCAAAACCCGUCAGAACAAAAGGAGCAAUUGCGAUUUGUCUCCGUUUGUAUCAACGAUUCAUAGUACUCAUCGGAUGUCAUUUGUCCCACGCCACACCACAGCUCCGUAUCCAGGACUACGCGAAAGUGGUGCGCACUCUCCGUUUCCCUCAGCUCGCCAAGUUUCAUGCGCAUGCAAACGACGAGAUUUUCGCCUCUGACGCAGUUAUAUGGACUGGAGACUUGAAUUUCCGAGUGACAGUUGAGAAUACGGUGGAUUGGAGUAAACCUGACAAGUUGACAGAUACCGUAUUCAAUGAGGUUUUGGAGAGCGAAGAGUUGGCAAGUCAUAAAAUGAAGCAAGUCGCGUUCGCCGAUUUUGCUGAACCUCCACUCAGAUUCCCGCCAACUCAUAAGUACGAACCGGAAACGGAUUCAUAUGUGCCGAAAAAAAUUCCAUCAUUCACAGAUCGCGUGCUCUUCUGGAUGCGAUGCCCAGAAUAUCUCGAACCGAUCAAAUACGACUGUAUGCGAGGAACAACGCCUUCUGAUCACAAAGCGGUCUUCGCGACGUUCUGGCUGAAAGUAAUCAAUAAACCAGUGCCAGAACGAUACCGCUCUCAAAAAUCCCUGGAAAAUGGCACUAGCACCAACUAA